CUUAGUUUAUUAAAUUAUCUUCCACUCACUCAACACUCUUUCUCUAUAUGAAUUCUAGAGAGAGGGUUCCCUCAGAUCGAACUCUUCCCUGAUCGAUCAAUUCUGGCAGGUACGUGACUCAGAUCGACCCCACUUUCCCGCAUUUUCUCUCCCAUUUUCUCUUCCACUUUCUCGGAAUAGUUUGAGAAUUGCUAUGAAUGAGGCAGCUUUAUCUCUUCAAAGCACUGAAACUGCGCUGUUCCGACUCCGCUUUUUGAGGACCAGUAGAAGUGGCAAAUUUGGGGGGUUUUGAGGCCAAAGCGCUGAGAUCUGUGAAGAAUUCAAAGACAUUGAUGUUGAAAGCUUGGAGAGUACCGUCCAUGAAUUUAGCUGAUUCGGAUGUAAGGGCAGUUGUGGAAUAUCAUGAAAAUGGCAGUUUCUGUCACCAUUUGAGGGUUUAAUUCGGUGAUUUUGAAUUUCUAAAACAACCUGUGGUUGCUAAAAAGUGCAAAUUUUAGGGGACUUUGAAGGUGGAAAGCUGAGAUCUAUGUCAGGAGGUCCCAGAGUGAGGUCAAUGAAUGUAGCUGAUUCAGAGGUGAGGCCAGUCCUUGGACCUGCUGGAAACAAGACGAUGAGGUCGUUGAGUGGUCGGAAACCUGCAACAAAGCCUCUAAGGAAGGCAGAGAAAGCAACCAAAGAUGAUGAAGAGAUAAAAGCCCUUCCAUCAUCUAAUGGGGCUGCAUCAUCUCCACCAUCACAUUCUGUUAGUGUUCCAUUGGUGCUUCGUCGGCAGGAGCAGUUGUUGCAUUCUAAUUUAUCACUCAAUGCCUCAUGUUCAUCUGACGCCUCUACAGAUUCGUUUCAUAGUCGAGCAUCUACUGGUAGGAUCACUCGAUCAAGUAGUACAGCACGGAGGAGGUCAUACGCCUCCAAGCCAAAAGUCAUUGUUUCUGAUGGUGUGUCUGAAUCGCCACCUGAUGGUCUGAAAGCCAAAAGGAGGUGUGCAUGGGUGACACCAAAUACUGACUUGUCUUACAUUGCUUUCCAUGAUGAAGAAUGGGGAGUUCCAGUUCAUGAUGACAAGAAAUUGUUUGAGCUUCUUGUCCUUUCUGGUGCCUUGGCUGAACUCACAUGGCCUACCAUUCUCAGCAAGAGGCACAUUUUCAGGGAAGUCUUUGCGGAUUUUGAUCCAAUUGCUGUUGCAAAAUUGAACGAGAAGAAGUUAAUGGCACCAGGAAGCAUUGCUAGCUCUCUAAUAUCAGAGCUUAAGUUGCGUGGCAUCAUUGAGAAUGCACGACAAAUGUCCAAGGUCAUAGAUGAGUUUGGGUCGUUUGAUGAGUAUAUAUGGAGCUUUGUGAAUCACAAGCCAAUAGUUAGCAGGUUCCGGUAUCCUCGCCAUGUUCCAGUGAAGACUCCAAAAGCAGAUGUCAUAAGCAAGGACCUUGUGAGAAGAGGUUUCCGGAGUGUGGGGCCUACAGUCAUCUACUCAUUCAUGCAGGUGGCAGGAAUAACUAACGAUCAUCUUAUCAGUUGCUUCAGAUUCCAGGACUGUGUGACCGCUGCGGAAGUCAAGGAAGAGGAAAUCACUACUGGAGCAGCUGAAGAGAAGAAAAGCAAUGUGAUUGAAUCAGAAUUGUCCAGAGCUAUCGAUGAACUGAGUUUUUCAUCAGAAUGAUGUGCCAAAUGCCCUGUGGGUGGGUAGGUGGGCGGGCU